AGAAUUCUUCCUCCUGGGAAUCUCAAAUGAUCCAGAACUGCAGCCCCUCCUCUUUGUCCUGUUCCUGUCCAUGUACCUGGUCACCACAUUGGGGAACCUGCUCAUCAUCUUGGCUGUUGCCUCUGACUCCCACCUCCACACCCCCAUGUACUUCUUCCUCUGCAACCUGUCCUUGGCUGACAUGGGCUUCAUCUCCACCACAGUCUCCAAGAUGAUUGUGAACAUCCAAACUCACACCAGAGUCAUCUCCUAUGUGGGCUGCUUAACUCAGAUGUCUUUUUUCAUACUUUUUGGAUGUAUGGAUGGUACUCUUCUGACUGUGAUGGCCUAUGACAGGUUUGUGGCCAUCUGUCACCCACUGCACUACCCAGUCAUCAUGAACCCACGCUUCUGUUGCUUCUUAGUUUUGCUGUCUUUUUUGGUCAGCCUUUUGGACUCCCAACUGCACAAUUUGAUUGUGUUACAAGUUAACUGCUUUAAGGAUGUGGAAAUUUCAAAUUUCUUCUGUGACCCUUCUCACCUCUUCAAUCUAGCCUGUUUGGACAUUUUCACCAAUAACAUUGUCACAUAUUUUAGUGGUGCCAUUUUUGGUGCUAUUCCUUUUUCAGCCAUCUUUUUCUCUUACUAUCAAAUUCUUUCCUCCAUUCUGAGAGUUCCCUCAUCAGGUGGGUAUAAAGCCUUCUCCACCUGUGGUUCUCACCUGGCAGUUGUUUGCUUAUUUUAUGGAACAGGUAUUGGGUUGUACCUCAGCUCAGCCAUCUCACUUUCCCCCAGGAAUGAUGCAAUGGCCUCGGUGAUGUACACUGUGGUCACCCCAAUGCUAAACCCUUCAUCUACAGUCUGA